GGAAAGUAGGGUAGCCGGUAACGUAUGCCGUUUAAAGGGCGCGAUACAGCGUUACCAUACCUCUCAUAAGCACUCAAAAUGCUUAAAGCUUAAUUAUUUAAAAAAUAUAAACUCUAGUUCUACAAAACAUCAGAAAAUUAUUAUAAUGUGACUUUAUUUAACAACGAGUUGGUGGCUUUCUGCGAGCAUCGAAAAAGCCAUUAAUACAAAGCCUCGUAAAAUUUGAGAAGUACGGACUACGGAGCAACGUUACAAUCUUAUCAUUAGAAAGUCUUCAGGAUAAGAAUGAUGAACAGAAGUGAUUCCAGGGAAAAUGAAAUGGAAUCUUGUCAUCUUCCAAAACUGCGUCAGCUACAGGUGGCCAGUGGACUAGCGCGCUGCCGUCCGUCGUACGCAUCUGUUCGUACUGUAAAGUGCUACCGGAUACAACAAAAAGUUUCCAAAAUUAUCUAACUUCUGUUCCUGUUGGCUGUUGUUGCCAUUUAUAAUUCAUUAUUGUGUGCUUAUUAGGAUUAAAAAAACAUUAUUGUGUAAUUAUUAUGAUUUAUUUGUAGAAUAUAGAGAUGCUUGUACUACAUCUUUUACGUUUUUCUUGGAGUUGGGAUUUGGUAGUGUUAUUAGUGGCCCUGUGUCGAGUGGUUUGGUUGUACAUUUACCAUCAGGGAGUUAGCUUACCAUCAGGGAGUUAGCUUACCAUUAGAACUUCAGCCCGUUAAAUUCUGCUUUUUCGCCGUUUCUACCAACAAAAGUACAAAAAACCUGAGUCUGGGUCGAUUACAUCAUUUGGAGACGGUUCAUCACUGAACAAACUUUAUUAUGAAUCCUUUAUUUGCAAGAGUUCUACAAUUCUCCGAUUUAUCGGUUGCUGGCGAUUUGUUUUCCAUUCCGAAUGACGAAGUUUUGAGUAGUUUGAAUGAGGUGUUGGCAGAAGUUGAAGUCAUUAUUGAUAAUGCAUCGUACGCCACGAAUAUCAACCAUCAGAAUGUCGUUGAGAUCUGCGUAACGCGAGCCACGGCAGCCGUGCGCGAAACUGACUCACUCAGCCGCUUUGCUCCGGCUCUUCUGGAUCUCCUGCAGAAAUGCUUUCAAAAAGAUCUCGCAUCCGGUGCAACGGGAGUCAGCUCUCCGUAUGCCAAAAUUGCGUCGGAUUUGAUCAAUUGUGUUUUUAUGGGUUACAUGAAGCCCGAUGUGAUGAAGCAAGCGCUUCCGAUCGGAAUCCGUUUCCUGGUGUGUUCUAGUCCUGAACUGGCACGCAAUGUAUCGUGCUAUCUUUCACUAAUUGCCAUACAGCAGCCAUUUCUGAUUUAUCCAUACGUGGGCGAUUUCAUUCACGGUGCUUUGGCAGGAUACUCGCAGUUGAUCAGAAUUCUUCCCCAGUUGUAUACGGUGAAUUCCAAACCGGUGUUGGAAAAUGUUGAGCAACUGGCGAAAUUACUUCCUCUCGGUGGUAAUCCGGAAAAGGAUAGUCUGUUAAGUUUAUUUGCUCUGGUGGCUAGAGAACAUCCACAGGCCUUGUGGUCCGCUGUGAGCGAUAUUGCAGCACUUCUAAAUGAUGGAAAGUUUAUGGCAUCGACUUUUCGACUGUUCACGCAGAUCGCUAAGAAGAAUCCUAUUCCAUUCCUGACCAAUUUGAUCAAAUUGAAAAAAGCCGUCGAUGCUGAUCGUAGCUUAUUUCCUGCCGCGAUAACGAUUUUUGGUGCCAUUUCUAGACUGGGCGAGAAUGUCGCUAGAGAUUGUCUACAGUUUUUAAUUUCGCGAUCCGGUGGAGCGGAUCACACAAGUCUUUCAUAUUUAGCCAAAGAAAUUAAGGACAUACUUGAACUCUACCCGAAUUUGGCGUCGGAGACAGAUGGAUUUUUAUCCAAGAACUUUCCUGGUGGUGCUGCUUCCUUCAGCAGUUUAUCCUACUCGGACAAUAACCAUCACAAUUACGAUUCCGACGACCCACUUCCACCGUAUCAUGCUACAGAUUAUGGAUUAUCAGCACAAAAAUCACUUGUUUCACAGCAGUCGCUUUAUAGUCCACAUCUUUAUGGUAUGGGUAAAACGGCUGUCGAUGUGCGCCAAAUCUCUACUGCUGGCAUGAAAUUCCCUCCGAAUGGCAACAUAUCGGCCAGUAGUAUACCGGCCAAGUUAUCAUUUGACAACCCCAUAAAAAGUCUAAACGGUAGCCGCGGAUCUGUGGUGGCAAAUGCGGCGGCUCGAAACAGUCACCAGUCUUUGGCGUCGAAGGGAAACAGUCGCCAUUCCCUUGCGUCUUCGGGAUUGAUAUCCAUGACUAAUCAGAAAGGAAGCAGACAAUCUGUUACUGCCAACCGAUCCAAGCCGGAGUUGUUAUCCAAAUCUCAUUUACCUGCUCUUUCUCCAAUAUAUUCUCGCCCUGAGGACCAAAUGCAGACGGAAUCUGACCCAAACACCCUUCCAUCCUACUCUUUGUCUACAUUUACCGUAGAAAAUCCGGUACUUUCAAAGUCAGCGGAAGCGAUCAACGUGCGAGCGCGUCGCAAUAGCCGUCACUCGCUGGCACCACGUCCGCGAAGCCGCAUCCUGGAGACUACCGAUCAGCCGCAAGUGAUUCAGGUUGUUCCCAUUCAUGACGCUGUGUAUCAGUUCUGCGAUCGGAAUCUGGAGAAGAUUCGCAAAUACAUGGCCAGCGUUUUCGUCAAGUUUCCACUUCCGGCUCGCUGCUCCGUUGAACAACAUAAGUCGCACAAAUAUUGCAAAUUAUACUUCUCCUGCCAGUGCAAAGGUGAUCAGUGUUUGUAUGCAUCCCGAUACUUUUCGUUCCGCACAAAAAUACCAAAGGUCUGGAUUCAUCUGAUGUUCCUGGCCAUCCAGGCACGAGCAGCAGGAGCUCUAAACCAACAAGAUUCUGCCGUUCAUGCACUAAAAUUGUGUUGGGACCACUUGGAUAAAGGACGAGACUUUUCAACACUUGUUACUUCCGCUUUUCCUUCUUCACGAGAACAGGAGGACUUAUUAAAAGAGCUAUCUUCGUCCAGAUAUUUUGAUGUUUUCGAAUACAACGCUACAAUUAAUCAAUGGGGAUGCUUCCUUUGUAAUUACCCGGAGAAGGUCACGACGCUAUUUGCGAACGGCACUCCCAUGAUGGAAGGCGUUCUAAAGGAAAAGAAGGGUCGGUGGACAUUUUUGAGACGCUGGCGCUCAAGAUAUUUUACACUCUCCGGACCAUUUCUGUCUUAUAAAUCUAGCACCGACAAAGUUGUUCCUAUUGAUAUGCGAAGAAUUCGCAGUGUGAAACCCAUCAAUGCUCGCGGGAUUAGGUCCAUCCCCACUGUGUUUGAACUAUUUACCAACGAUAAUAAAGUUUUCCUGCUCAAAGCCAAAGAUCCUAGCAAUGCUGAACAGUGGAUGCAGUGUCUUCAGAUUGCCAUGGCCCAAUCACAGUCUGCAGAAGAAUAUGGACAUAUCUUCUGAUUGUUAACAAAAUAUAUUUGGAGAAUUUUGUUAAGAGGUAGAAAAACUGUUUUAGAACUUGAUGCAUAAAUAAAACACAAUGAUAACUUACACCUGGAGAAUUAAGAUCUGUCGCAUUUAUUUUGUUGUUCGCGAAUGACGGUCUCCUAUGUUAAUACCCAGAUGAAUUCGGUGAUAAUGAACGUUAUGAUCGUUCCUGAGUUGUUCUAAACAGGAUGUGGUCGGCACCUUUUCUAUAUUUUUCAACCAAAUUAUUUUUGCCAUUAAUUUUAACGAUUUCAGCUAAAUGCGAAAAAAAUAUUGUAACAAACAG